GUGUUUUCCUAGCAGACGUUUUGUCGAUCUCACGAGCAAUUAAUUUUAAGUUUUUUUUUAAAGAGAGGGGAAAAGAUGAUUGAUUGACAAGAAAGUAAAUGAAAAAAAUAAAAAAUAAAUAAAAUAAAAAUGCGUUGACAAACAAGGAGAAUAUUGGAGUUGAAAUAUGUGGUUUGUUACUUGCUAGCCGUAAGCCUUUUCAAGUUGUUGACAAUUUAGCUCGUCGCACAUGCUGCGAUAUAAAAAUUACAAUGCCGGGGAAAGUAAAAGUGAAAAUUCUUGCUGGAAGAAAUCUUCCUGUAAUGGAUAGGUCAAGUGACACGACGGAUGCAUAUGUUGAGAUAAAGUUAGGUGGUAUAACACACAAGACAGAUGUCUUCAGAAAAUCACUUAAUCCGCAAUGGAAUUCCGAGUGGUUUAUUUUUGAGGUUGAUGAUGCAGAGCUUCAGGAUGAACCCCUUCAAAUAAGAUUGAUGGAUUAUGACACUUAUUCAGCUAAUGAUGCCAUAGGAAAAGUGUACUUGGAUUUAAAUCCUCUUUUGGUCACACCAGGCCUCUCUGGAAGAGGAAUUGCUAGAGCGGAAACUUGUUCGGUCCCAUCGUCAGGAGGUACUGUGUUGUCAGGGUGGCUUCCAGUAUAUGAUACAAUGCAUGGGAUGAGAGGGGAAGUGUCUGUCAUAGUCAAAGUUGAAUUAUUUUCUGAUGUGAAUAAGUUUCGGCAAAGUUCUUGUGGGGUCCAAUUUUUUAGUACUCCAGCCACCCCUUAUGGAUUUAAAAUUCAGUCUAUUCAAGGUUUUGUGAAAGAACUGGUUGUUAACGAUGACCCGGAAUAUCAAUGGAUAGACAAGAUCCGAACACCAAGAGCAUCAAAUGAAGCCCGGCAAACGUUGUUUUCCCAACUGUCCGGUGAAGUGCGUCGUAAAAUCGGAUUAAAAGUAUUGGAGCUUGGCGGAAAUGCUGUUGUCGGGUAUCAACAGAUGUUUGACCUUGAAGGAGUAACUGGGCUAGUAGUACGUGGUAUAGGGACAGCUGUAACCUUGGCUCGGUGCCAUUUUGAUGGAAACUCAGCUGUUACUUGGUUUAAAGACCAGCAUCAUGGAAACGGCCGAGAAUCUCCCCGCUGUACAGCCAUUUCGCCAGUCGAUGUCAUUAAACCGCUCGUUAGUUCUACCAUCACUGCUCCAGUUGUCGUUCAUGGAACAACACCUUCACGGCCAACUCCUUGUGCGCGUCGUUCAUCCGAAUCUGAAAUCAACACAACCCCGAAAGCUUCAAGUUUGUCUGAUAGCUUUGGCUCAUCUGGAGGUGGAAUAUCAUCCAACUGCCGACAGACGGCUCAUCGUCAAACUUCAGUACCUGUUCCUCCCUCGAAUACAUAUCUUAACGGCGUUGAUGUUACAAGGAAUUUGGACGCUCUCGAAUAUCCUUUCCUGACAAUGAAAACAUAUCCACCGGGAUUCAUUGUUCACGUUGGAGGCACCGUGAGUGCCAGAUCCGUAAAACUGUUGGAUCGAAUCAACAACUCGGAGGAACCAGAGACACGAGAUAAUUGGUGGACUGAAAUUAGAAUGGAAGUUCGUUCACAUGCUCGGGCGCUCGGCUGCUCCGUGAUUCUUGGCUAUGAGGAGCAUACAAGUAUUAGCGAGGAAGUUUGUGUUCUGAGCGCAUCCGGUACGGCAGCCAUCGUCAAACUUCAACACGAGGUGGAUACCAAAGAUGUAAACCAUGGAAAAAGUAAUACCGUUAUCACUGAGGAUAGUAAAGUGAAUCUCCCUUGCCGCGUGUGUCAUAUCCCUUAUAGCAAGGCCAGCAUUCCUUUCCCUAUCAAACUUUCUCGCUGUGCUGUAUGCAGGAAAGGUAAAGUUCCUGACGUGUUAAUAGCCACUAUCGAACCUCCUACAGGAAUGCUCGUGUCGGGUCGCGGAUGUUUGAUACAGGCACGGCUCUGCCGCCCGAAACGUGCCGAAUCUCGAGGCGAUCAGCAAGCUAAAGAAAUUUCAGACGGGCUGCCUUUCCUUGAAUACGAAUUGCAUAGACAAUUAAUCAAUAAAUUACGAACCAAAGGCAUGAACGCCAUCUUUCAUCUAAAGGUGCAAGUCAGCAUCGGAGAUCGACAUGUAGUUGGGGUUGCUACAGGCACGGCGCUCUUCUUAAGCGCAUUACCCACUCCGUCGUUACCUAAACCAAGCAAUCCUAGCAUAUCUUCGAAACAGUCGAAACGAGGACGUAUUCACAAGUUAUUGAUUGAAGCCCACGCGGCCAGCCAAGAACGUUAUGGUCUGAACAAACAACUGAAUAAAGUAAAUGACGUGGAAGAACCUAAGUGGACUGACUCGGAUGAUACCGACGAGGAUGCCAACGAUCUCGAUCUAACAGCUGACAAUAAAGAUUCAUGCGUCAUAGAAAUUGACGACAUUGAAGAUAUCGACGUGAUUGAAUUACUGAUUGACCCCGAAACCCCAGAAGGUUUUGACGUGGUGAAUACUGAGACGGUGCCUGGAUUACCGAUCGAUAGCAUUCGCCGGCGUCCUAAUCUUCAAGCCUUCAACCGCGUUUGGAAGGGAAAGAUCCCCACCUUACAAGCUGCACGACAUCUAAAUCGCUGCUUUGAAAUGAUAUUACGGAGCAUUUACUUCAAGUUGCGUAAGUCACGCCCGUGUGUGAUCACAAACCUUGAAUUCAGCGUCGAUUUGCCCGAAGAUGAUGAAAUUCAAAUUACUGUACUAGGUACUGCCAUCACGGCCUUCAGCAAAACUCCGACAGAGGUUGCCCCAUGCAUAGGAACUUCUCUCAGAGGCGUUGGUUCCGCUGAAAGCGAAAUGAUUUUUCAUCUUGAGGAUGACGUUCAAUCGGCAACGUCAAACGAGCAAGCCGCUUCAACGGCAAGGGUAAAUCAACCCAACCGUCAUAUUCCUCUUCCGCCCCCGUCCAAUCAGGGGCUGUUAAGAACUCCUGGCGACAAAGCCAAGAUUUUUGUACAGAAGGAGCGACAGCCGGUAGAUAUAGUGACUCUAAUCCAUUUACCCGGUUCACGAGUCGAACGCUACCUAGGCCAUCUAAAUUUUUUCUUCAUACGAGAGAGUACUAGUAUUCGCGAGGAUGGCGGCUUGAGCGGUUUCAUGCAAUCGUUUAUUACAGAGGUACUGGGAAUCGUGCGUGCUCACGUCUCCGCACUAGGAGGAAACGCUAUGGUUUCGUACUUUAUGACGCAGUGUGUACUUUUGCAUAAUCCUCACAAAAAUCAGGGUCAAUGCCUCAUCAAUGUUGGUGGUGAUGUCGUUCAAGCUGCCCGCUGCAUGCCCGAAAAGGAUGUUUAAAAGGCGUUUUACAAUUGUUUCGGUAGAUUGUAUCCACGGUAAAGAGAUUACUCCAAAUUCUUCCUUAACCGCUUCCAUCGAGGAAAAGGUGUAAAUUUCAUAAUUUUAUCUUCAUGUCCUUAACCUCAUUGCUCAUUGAUAGAUUCUCCUGUUCCAUUAUUAGAUUUUAGAAAUAUCCUAGGCAAAGCGUGUAUUAUUCUCAUGUCGCAUGCCAUAUUAUAUUAACUCCUUUUUGCUCUUUGCCUUGUUGGCCAAUAGGAUACUAUAUACUACAGAAUUCUGUAGACGUUCAAGUUCGACGUUGCGUUAAACGUCCUUUACCUCUUUGAGGUGCCCGUGUACCCCAUUUUGCCCGCCCAACACGUGGGAAUCAAUCUUGUCUUAAUUUUCCUGAGAUGUCAAAAGUGGAAUCCGUUGCUUCACUGACCCACAGCUGAUAACGACGUCGAAUGUGGAAAGCUACUGAAAAACAAGUGAUUAAUAUCAUCAUUUAUUUUCUGAAGCAUCAACAUUAAUUCUUGGCGGACAUGAAUUCUCUGCCGCGUGUGUUACAAAUCGAAUAAAUAUAUCGACCAAUA